AGCCAUCGCCUUCACCACCUUGUCGAACGCUGUGCUGUCAUUGUCGCAGCAAUUAUAACCUCUCUUUGUUUUUCCCUUUACUUGCCUUCGGUGUUACAGCGAGAGAGUGAGAUCUCAGAUCUGCGUCCAAUUUGGUAAAGUCGAAUCCAGUAAAUCCUUUGCAGAAGGAAGGUGGCUUCUCUUUUGGCAAAGUGACUGCAAAUCCAACCAAAAGGCUCCAAAUUGAAGCCAGUAGGAGAGAGAAAGAAAGAUCGAUGGAUGGAUGAUGGAGGAGCUGGGCAAGCACUGAGAAGUGUAAGGAUGAGCUGCCAUGGUUGUUGCCUUGGGAGAUGGGUUGAGUGAGGAUGUGAGGUUAAUCUCCGAACCUUUUCCUCCUCCAUCUUUCAUCUCGCAUCUCUCUCUGCCCAAGACUGUCAUGGAUAUCCAUAGCUUGGGGUCUUGUUUCAAAUUAUAGACUGAGGCCCACGUCUUGAAGCAUUCCAUUUCAUCAUCAUCUCUGCUAAACGCCAUCCCUGUCUUCCUUGUACCUUGCGCUGUUGGGUGCUGCAAUGUGAAGACCGAGAUGAGAUCUCAACCAAGAUCCCAUUUUUAUGCUGCGUUUUGUUGAAGAGGAGGAGGCUGGUGUUUGGUGAUGGAAUUGUGGGUCUUGGAUGGCCAAAGCUUGUGGAAGAAGCAGGAGGAAGAGGAGAGCGGGCAUCUUCGACGCCAGGUGCUAUCAGUUUUGCGGUCGCAGGGGAAGUGGUGCUAGAUUCGUGGCGGGAUCGUGGAAAGCUGGAACAGGACGGGAGGAAGAAGGAGAGGGAUCUGGAUCCGAGGAGAGCUCUUUAUCUUCCGAUUCCGGCGGAAGAAAAAGAAAGCGAAAGAGGAGGAGGAGGAGGAGGAGGAGGAGAGUCUAGGGAGGGCCGAGAAGAGGAGGAGCAGAGCUUCCAGCUUCACCAGUUGCAAACCAGCAACCAAAGCUCUUCCUUUUUCUCAGCUUCUGUUACGGCUUCCUCGUCCAAGUAUGCUCGGCAGCUUCCGGAAAGGAUGGGGGAGGGUCACGGCCUCGGUGGCUACGGACAGCUGCUCUCCUUCGUCCACCACCAGCAGCCGCCGCCGCCGCAGCAGCAGCAGCAGCAGCAGGCAGCAGCGCAAACGAGGUCUAGGUACGGAGGGCGGGGGAAGGGGUCGGCGGCGGUGGGGGAGAUCGUGGAGGUGCAGGGCGGCCACAUUGUGCGGGCCACCGGCCGGAAGGACCGGCACAGCAAGGUGUGCACCGCCAAGGGCCCCCGCGACCGGCGCGUCCGCCUCUCCGCCCACACCGCCAUCCAGUUCUACGACGUGCAGGAUCGGCUCGGGUACGACCGCCCCAGCAAAGCCGUCGACUGGCUCAUCCAGAACGCGAAGGCCGCCAUCGACGAACUCGCCGAGCUGCCGCCAUGGAGUCCCACUGCCACGGUCGCCGCCGCCGCCGCCGCCCGUCCCUCUCGCCUCCCUCCUCCGCCUUCCGAUCGACUCCCAGCCAGCGACCACUCCGUCGACGGGUCCAGCAAGAAGCAGAUUGUGGCAGUCGACACUGUCGGCGCUGCUACUGCUUUUAACUUCGACAGCGGAGGUACCUGCGGCCGCGUCAAUGCCAGCACCAGCUUUCUUCCGCCGUCCAUGGACACCGACUCCAUUGCCGAUACCAUCAAAUCCUUCUUCCCGUUAGCAGCUACACCCGCCGCCACCUCGCCCUCUUCCACCCCUUCCAUCAGAUUCCAGUCCUACUCGCCGGACCUCCCUUCGCGAGCCGACAACCAAGUCAAAGACCUCCGCCUCUCCCUCCAGUCCUUCCAAGAUCCAAUUUUUCACAACCCAGAGCCCGUCCACCAACACCAUGGCCAAUUCCGCCAGAGCCCAGCUCCGCCCAUUCACUUCCCUGCCACCGCCCAACUGGCCUACGACGCUUCCGUCGGCUGGGUCGCCGAACAGAGCCAGCGGAUCGUUCCAUGGAAUGUGGUCGAUCCUGCCGCAGGUGGCGGCGGCGGAGGCUAUGUUCUCAGCUUCCCACCACCGCAGGCGGUGCCGCUGCACUCUAUGCUCGGCCAAAGCCAUGCUUUUUCUCAGAGGGGACCCCUUCAGUCCAGUAACGCCCCGGUUGCCCGCGCCUGGGCCAGCCCUGCCGACAUCACCAUCGCCGAUAACGGGAUGCAAUCUCCGUUCUAUCCGUCGACUUCCUCGAUCGGAUUCGCCUCCAGCGUCGGCUUCUCAGGGUUCCGGAUCCCUGCGCGGUUCCAGGGCGAGGAGGAGCACGACGGCGUCAACGACAAGCCGCCCUCUGCUGCUUCUGCUUCUGCUUCUCGCAACUGACAGAUUCCAAGAAGAAGAAGGAGGAGGAGGAGAAGAAGAAGAGUGAUCAUCACCAAUCUCCUCCUCUGGUAAUUCCUUAUUCCAGUCCACCAUUUCAAGUUUUAACACGUUUGUUUACAGCGUCUGGAUUCAAUGGAGGAAGGAGGAUGGUGAUGGAAUGUGAAAAAGCCAUCUCUUUUGGUUCCAUCAUGUUGCUGCCUCUCUUCUAUCUGUCAUGUUGCUUUACUGCGUGUCACGUUGAACUUUCGAUUCCUGUCUUAGUAGUAGUAGUAGCAGUAGUUAUUGUUCGUGUCAUUGUUGUGCUUGCUGCUUGUUAUUUCUUCAAGGUGUGAUGGGGUUUCUGCUUCCGGCUUCAGCCAUUAGAGAAACACAGAGAGAGAGUGCAACUGAACUCUUAAAUUUGGAUAUUUCAUUUUGCCUCUCUUUCAGUUCCAGCUUUGUUCACUGUGAUUGGAAACAAAUUAAAUGAUCUUUUCUAACUUUCUCGAUCAGA